GAGACUUGCCCGUUUCAGCUGUCAUCUUAUCGGCCUGUACGUUGUUGGCAGCGAUGACCUUGAUGGUUUGUGGGUCAAAAGAAGCUUUAAGCUUUGCUUUGUAGAAUGACGUUAAUGUGUGACGUUUGUUCUCUGACUGCUCACUUGCCACUUUGGGACUAUAAAUGCAUUAGAUGCCCACACAGCCCCGCCACUUUAGAAUGAGCGCCGUGGAAUUGUCUGGUUUUCCGUGUUCAGCUACACCAGCAAGAAAGGGUGCCCUGUACGUGGGGCACAGCGGUCAGGCCAGGCAAGAGGGCGAUCUCCCCAUGUCGGCCAGGAACGGCUCGGCAAGCGAUGAAGAGUGCCGUAUCACCGAGGUGUGCCGCGCCCCCGAGGAUGUGGAGCUGACAGAGCUGGGCCCCCUGCUGGAGGAGUCCGGGGGGCCAGGCAAGGCACAGGGGGCCACAGCUGGGGGGCCAGCAGGGGCAGCAGCCUGCCCUGAGGAGGAAGAGGAGGAGGAGGAGGAGGAAGGAGUGAGAGUGAUUACACUGCCGCUGCAGGCCCAUCAUGCCAUGGAGAAGAUGGAGGAGUUUGUGUACAAGAUGUGGGAAGGACGCUGGAGGGUGAUCCCAUACCAUGUGCUGCCGGAGUGGCUGAAGGACAAUGACUACCUGCUGCACGGGCACCGGCCGCCCAUGCCUUCCUUCCGGGCCUGCUUCGGCAGCAUCUUCAGGAUCCACACCGAGACCGGCAACAUCUGGACACACCUGCUUGGUCUGAUCCUGUUCCUGUGCCUGGGUAUCCUGACAAUGCUGCGCCCCAAUGUCUACUUCAUGGCGCCCCUGCAGGAGAAGGUGGUGUUCGGGAUGUUCUUUCUGGGUGCUGUGCUGUGCCUAUGUUUCUCCUGGCUCUUCCAUACGGUGUACUGCCACUCCGAGAAAGUGUCCCGCACCUUUUCCAAGCUGGAUUACUCCGGGAUCGCCCUGCUGAUCAUGGGCUCCUUCGUGCCCUGGCUGUACUACUCCUUCUACUGCUCCCCUCAGCCACGCCUCAUCUACCUCUCCAUUGUCUGCGUGCUGGGCAUCGCCGCCAUCAUCGUGUCGCAGUGGGACCGCUUCUCCACCCCACGCCACCGGCCCACGCGCGCAGGAGUGUUCAUGGGCCUGGGCCUGAGUGGUAUCGUGCCCACUAUGCACUUCACUAUCGCUGAGGGUUUCGUCAAGGCUACCACCGUGGGCCAGAUGGGCUGGUUUUUCCUAAUGGGCGCCAUGUACAUUACCGGCGCAGGGCUGUACGCCGCCAGGAUCCCCGAGCGCUACUUCCCCGGCAAGUGUGACAUCUGGUUUCAGUCUCACCAGAUCUUCCACGUGCUGGUGGUGGCGGCUGCCUUCAUCCACUUCUACGGCGUGUCCAACCUGCAGGAGUUCCGCUACGGCCUGGAAGGGGGCUGCACCGAUGACUCGUUGCUCUGAGAGGACACCGCAUCCCCCCACCACACACACACACACACACACACACACACACACACACGGCAGCCUGCACCCACUGUUCCCAAGUGCCGCUGGGGCUCGCAGGACCCCGUGUAGAAUCAGCCUCUCCCUGCCGAUAUCCUUUCUGACCGGCCUCGGGCCCUGGAGCGUGGGGGGGCCCUGUGGCAUUCUCCCUGGAGCUCCUGCUUGGAUCCUCCAGCCUUCGAAUGAUACAUUUCCGGCCGGGGGGGUGUGUGCUGAACAAAAGUACAUGGCUCGCCGUGAGGGAUCGAGAGAUUCGGCGAUGCUAAGAGGCGUCCCUUCCGACAGGCAUUCCUGGAGGCUGCCGCGUUCCUGUAGGUGUAGCUAGGGAGGCGCGGUGUGAUCCGAACCCAAAGGAAAAAUUUAGAGAAGGCCUCGAUGAGUCCUUCGCGGGGCGCACACCAAGUCGGAAAGGAAAUCGGCAGAGAGCAAAGGUGCUGGACAAAGCGUUUUACAAGUCAGCUAUGGACGUGCUGGUCUCUCUUGACUCCCUGGGCUCAGGUGUCGGUUUGAGUCUUGGCCGUUCAUUCCUGCCUCUUCGUCCUUCAGGUUCGUUUGAUCUAGGUAUUGUAACGCCGCCCACAGGCUCACACAGAGCCUGCCUUUCAGAUCCAUACAGCUCUGAAUCCCGGCGCGAAAAAUGCUUUGAAGAUGCCCUUCAAUCCAUGAAUUCAUGGAUCCCCAGUUGAUCCUCGAGAGCUGUAAUCCUGCAGACCUCUUGUCUGUUUAAAUCGUCACUCUUUCUCCUCUGGAGAAAGGUGUUAUAGUGUAUCGGUCCAGCUGAUUCGGAAUGAGAUCCUUCUCUUAAGCUGUUGGUGUGAGAUUGUGAUGGCAGAGGAAAUUCGAGAAAGAAGGCGUUCGCCUUCUGGAGCAGAAAAGGAGGGCUGAAGGGAGACAGGCUUUAUAUGAGAAAGGGAGAGGGCCAUAGCUGUGGUAGUGAAUGAGUUACAAUGGGAUUUUAGAUUUUACUUGUAAUUGAAGAGGCAGGAAUGCGAAUCAAGCUAACAGCCAAGAGAUAAUCAGUAGCGGAGAGGGGGGAAUCAGUGGCCAUUAAAAAGUUGUUCUUGACAAAAGUCUGUGAAAUGGGUUUUUACAUUCAUUUCCCGUUUUGUUUUUUAUGGAAAUUCUGCAGGCCGGUUAAAAACGAAGAGGCAGUUGGUUCUCUGUUGUAACUUCAUUAGCUCUGAUCUUGUCUAUGAUCAUUGGACAGACUGAUUAGUGAAGUGUACCCCUCUUUUCAAAACCUGAGUAUUUGGCGGGGAACCUGGAGACCGAAUUUGGCAGAAUUUGUAACGUGAUGAACUCUGCUAACUGACGCUCUUCUUGAGCGCCAUCAUGUAAAAACCUGACUGGAAACACAAGCAGUCAACACUGUCUGUACCUUUCUGGGCUGUCUUAGGCAUCUAACGGUUUUCUUCGAAACGCAUACUCUGGAAAUCACUUCCCCAUUGUGGCUUGGGAGGAAAUGGAGCAGGUAACUUAUUGGCAUUGCACAGACUUAUAACGCACAAGGUCUUUUCGAUGGGCUGUAUGGUGCAACACUAAUUUUCUUCCCCUGUCCAUUUCCUCCCACAUCAUCAGAUAUUCAUUUUCAUAAACUGUAUUUGCUAGAGUAGUGAAAAUGGUCAAUAUCAGUCUAAUAUGCAACAAUGUCAGCUGUGUUCGCACACAGCAACGUAUUGAAUAAGAUGCGGGACAAUUUAGAUGAUUUUACUUUAACUGCUGUACAUUAGAAUGAGAUAUUGAUUUAAGAUACAAGGAUCCCAGUUAAAACACUGUUUGGAACUGUGAAGACUGAUACUGAACUGCUACCUUUUACAUCUCAAAACUAGUGCAGAUCAAGACGAAUGUGGGAUGACUCCAGUUUGAUGUACUCUAGGAGUUGUUCCCUUUAUACAUUUUGUCCAGGAAACACUGCAUGUACUUUGCAAGAUCUAAAGUGCGGUGGGCAUCAGUGGAAAUUGUAGACAUAAACUCCCCUGGUCGCUUAACCCACUUUGUCAGCAAAUUAUUAACAUUGUUACCUUUGAUGGGGGAAAAAUAAACCAUCUGGUGGAUUUUAAUCUAACUAGUUAUUCUUCCCGAUGCAGUGUGUUCCCUUAGUAUUUUCUGUGCCUUAAGCAAAUGGAAAUAAAAAAGGGACAAACUUUGUAAAGGUCUGGUGCACUUUAAACACCAGGAGCAGUCAGGGAGCAGCCAGUUCAGAAUGUGUUGCAACUAAAUCAGUUUGACCUGGAUCUUGAGUGACUACAUCAUUUUUCUCUUUCUUCCAUCUGUGGCUUUUUCAUUUUGAUCUGGCAGUUAGAGUUCAUUGAAGCCCAUCGAUAAGCUUGUUCUGCUGCUGUGCUCGUAGACAGGGGUGUGCCUCUUUUAAGUCUCUUUAAAGCUGGGUGCUUAACAAAGACUUUUUAACACUGCGUUGAACACGCAUGGCGUGUCCUUUCAUGUAGGCCUGUGAUCAUCCAUUUCUCCCUUCCAGCCACAGCCUGUAUAUCUAGAUGUAAGAUGUUCUAUUAAAUAUUUAAUAAAGCUUACAGUUAGAAACCA